UGCCUCACCAGCUUUCUGUCGGGCUUUGUCAUCUUCACCGUGCUGGGCUACAUGGCUGAGAUGAGGGACGUGGAGGUGGAGGAUGUUGCAAGAGAUAAAGGGCCGAGCCUCCUUUUUAUCACCUACCCCGAAGCAAUCGCCAACAUGGUGGGAUCCACCUUCUUCGCCAUCGUAUUCUUCCUGAUGAUGAUAACGCUGGGGCUGGACAGCACGUUUGGGGGCUUGGAGGCCGUGAUCACGGCCGUGAUGGAUGAGUACCCCCAGGUCCUGGCCGGGCGACGGGAGCUCUUUGUCCUCGGCCUCAUCACAGUCUCUUUCCUGGGCUCCCUGAGCACCCUGACCUACGGGGGAGCCUACGUGGUGAAGCUGCUGGAGGAGUUUGGUGCUGGCUGCUCAAUCCUGGCAGUGGUGCUGCUGGAAACGAUAGCCGUCUCCUGGUUUUACGGGAUACAGAGGUUCUCCCAUGAUGUGAAAGCCAUGCUGGGCUUCACCCCGGGGAUGUUCUGGAAGGUGUGCUGGGUCGCCAUCAGCCCUGCCUUGUUAGCGUUCAUAGUUAUCAGCUCCCUCCUGGACCAGCCGCCUCUGACACUCUUCGACUAUCAGUACCCCGAGUGGAGCAUCUCGGUGGGGUACCUCAUAGGAGCAUCGUCCUUCAUCUGCAUCCCCUUCUACUUGGUUUACAAGCUCGUCUGGACACCGGGCUCUCUCAAGCAG